GAAGUGUGUGUGGGGUCCCUUUCGUGGCUAUUUUUCAACGUUAAGAGUAAAAUAUUCAUUUAACAAAAGCCUAUUAUGGCAAUUUCGUAAAUAUCACCUCAUCGAUUAAUUAAGACUUUUGUCUUGAUCCUGACAUGAUUACACGAGCAAACAUUCCUAAUCUGAGAAGCAUUAAUUAAACUGAUGAUUAUUAACACAAGCAACUUUACAGUAAGUAAUCAAGCCCCAUCGCAUUAUCGGGUCGUGUCGGGUGGGAAAAAAAAAACAGCAAACCAAAUGCUUACGUGUCAAGGAAUGAUUGGUAAACAAACUUUUCUUCUCGAUUCUUUGCUCUCAUUCUCUCCUCUUCUUCCAUUUUUGAUUCGCUUCGUCUUCGAUCAGAAAAAGCUCCCUCCUUUUAUUUUUCUGAAGUCAAAAGGGUUCUCUCGUCACAGUUCCAAGUCCUUCUCUGUGGUCUUACUUUCUUCUCUCGUGAACACCGUAAGCGUGGAUCGCUAGAUGAUUCUAAAAAAAGUUUCAUUAGCUGUAAAGUGUGUACCUUUCGUUAUUAAUCUCUCUGAAUCCAGCAAAGUUUGUAGCUUUCAGUGUUAGAUCUGUGAGCAUUCUUUCGUUUUUUUCGGUUUAGAAUCGGUUCAAUGUCGGUUCCACCUCGAUUCCGGUCUACCGAUUCCGGCGAAAGAGACUUCAGAUCGGUUCUCGGUCCGACCGGGAACAAGCUUCAGAGGAAACUACCGGGGAUGAAGCUGGAGAAUAAGAAGAAGACCACCACCACCAUCGAGUCAAAAGACGAGAAAACGAAGAAGAAGCCAGAUCCUCCUGCUUCACCAACGACGACUCUGAAGCAAUGCUCGUCUCUUUGCUCUUCUCUUCUGAGAAAGAACAGUGCCUCCAUGACUGCUUCUUACUCCUCUGACGCCUCCUCGUCUUGCGAGUCGUCGCAUUUGAGCGUGGCGUCUUCUUCCAGCUGUAAGAAGGCUGUGAGGCGAAGCGGGUCUGUCUCCUCCGUUGGUGCGUGUGCGAGAAGGAAGCAGGUUGAUGAGAAAGAUGAUAAAGUUGGUGCCAGUGGUGGUAGUAACGGUGAUUGCUUCGCUGAUGGUCGGAGAAGAUGUGCCUGGAUCACGCCUAAAGCUGACUCGAGUUAUGUUGCGUUCCACGACGAAGAAUGGGGAGUUCCUGUUCAUGACGACAAGAAGCUUUUCGAGUUAUUAUCUCUUUCUGGUGCUCUAUCCGAACUCUCUUGGACUGAUAUUCUCUCCAGAAGGCAAUUACUCAGGGAAGUUUUCAUGGACUUCGAUCCAGUUGCUGUUUCUGAACUGAACGAGAAGAAGGUAAUCUCUGCCAUUUCAUUACUGUCAGAGGUCAAGCUAAGGUCAAUCCUCGAUAACGCACGCCAAGUGCGCAAGAUUAUAGCUGAGUAUGGAUCGUUUAAGAAGUACAUGUGGAACUUUGUGAGCAACAAGCCUACACAGAGCCAGUUCAGGUAUCAAAGACAAGUCCCCGUGAAGACAUCGAAAGCUGAGUUUAUUAGCAAGGAUCUUGUACGUAGAGGCUUCCGCAGCGUGAGUCCAACGGUUAUUUACUCCUUCAUGCAAGCAGGUGGUCUUACAAACGACCAUCUCAUAGGCUGCUUCAGAUACCAAGACUGUUGCGUAGAUGCAGAGACAACAACCAAGGCCAAGAAGACAGAACGCGAGUGAUAAAAUAAAUUCUAAGUGCAAUUCUGAAAGCUAAUUGUCCUUGUUUUAGUAACCAUGUUUUUGCUUGCAAAGAUUAUUUGACACGACGAGUUUUUGCUACCGUAACGUGAAGUGUUCUUGUGUUAGCAUUGUAUAGAUGUUUUUGGUUAUUGGUUUUAUGCAUAGUA